CCGCCGCAUCCGGGGCUCCGUCCGGCAGGUGACGUAAAGCUAUAAAGGCCCGCAGCGCCUUUGUUCGCCCCCAUUGCGCAGUUGCAGAUCGGCGCGGGCUGAGUAGGUCAUUCACAGAAUCAAAAUGGUUGAAGCAGAUCGUCCUGGGAAGCUGUUCAUUGGGGGCCUGAACACAGAGACUAAUGAAAAAGCCCUUGAGGCUGUAUUCGGCAAAUAUGGACGCAUUGUGGAAGUCCUUUUGAUGAAAGAUCGGGAAACUAACAAGUCCAGAGGAUUUGCAUUCGUCACGUUUGAGAGUCCAGCAGAUGCAAAAGAUGCUGCCAGAGAUAUGAAUGGAAAGUCAUUAGAUGGGAAGGCAAUUAAAGUGGAACAAGCAACCAAGCCAUCCUUUGAAAGUGGUGGUAGGCGUGGGCCACCACCCCCUCCCCGAAGCAGAGGUCCUCCCAGGGGCCUUAGAGGCGCAAGAGGCGGAAGUGGCGCGAGAGGACCACCUUCAAGAGGGAGUCACUUGGGGUCUUCUCGAGGGCCACUCCCCAUGAAGAGGGGUCCACCUCCACGAAGUGGAGGCCCUCCACCUAAAAGAUCUGCACCUUCAGGACCAGUGCGUAGCAGUAGCAUGGGAGGAAGAGCUCCUGUGUCACGUGGAAGAGAUGGUUACGGUGGUCCUCCACGCAGAGAGCCAAUGCCAUCACGGAGAGAUGUCUACAUGUCUCCAAGGGAUGAUGGCUACAGCACUAAAGACGGUUAUUCAAGCAGAGAUUAUCCCAGUUCCAGGGAUACCCGGGACUACGCACCACCUCCACGAGACUACGCAUAUCGUGAUUAUGGUCAUUCCAGCUCACGUGAUGAAUACCCCUCCAGGGGAUAUAGUCUUUCCUCCUAUAGCGAUCGUGAUGGAUACGGUGGUGGGCGUGACAGAGACUACUCGGAUCAUCCAAGUGGAGGCUCCUACAGAGAUUCAUAUGAGAGUUACGGUAACUCACGUAGUGCUCCACCUGCUCGAGGGCCCCCGCCAUCAUAUGGUGGAAGCAGUCGCUAUGAUGAUUACGGCAGCACACGAGAUGGAUAUGGAAGCAGAGAAAGUUACUCAAGCAGCAGAAGUGAUGUCUACUCAAGUGGCCGUGAUCGUGUGGGAAGACAAGACAGGGGUCUUCCCCCAUCCAUGGAAAGGGGCUAUCCACCUCCUCGGGAUUCUUACAGUAGUUCAAGCCGUGGGGCGCCCAGAGGUGGUGGCCGUGGUGGAAGCAGAUCCGAUAGAGGUGGAGGCAGAAGCAGAUACUAAAAACACUCUUAAACUUUUGGACCAAGACACAUUAUUUCUCAAAUGUGGAAGCUGUUCUAUCUUUACUACCAGAGGACUACUAAAAAGAAAAGUUGUUUUUAACCUUUUUUUAUUGUUGCCUGUUAAGUUUUUCCCUCCAUGACUUUUAUGCUUUUGUGAGAAAAGUUGAAACAAUGUUUAAUAUCAUUUCAAAAUUGUUAACAUUUCUUUCAGAAAGCAGAUGUUAAAUGUAUAAGCUUGAGCUGUGUACUAGUGUUGUAAUUUUCAAAGUAAAGUUUCCCUGAAAUGCCACACUUC